CAUAACAUAACCUCAAUUAUUUCUGUUUUGUAUACCAAGAGAGUUAUCAUGCAAUAAACAUUCUGCAUAAAGAUUACUGUAUCCGAGCCUUAAAGAUGUCCUCGGAAAGUGAUCUAUUAUCCUCAAUUAACAGCUUGAGAACCGAUACUUCUUGUAAUGAUUGCGGUACUUUUCAACUGUGUUUAAAACGACUGAGUAGCUGUACUCAUUUGUUAUGUGAUGACUGCCACAAACUAAGUGGAAGCUGCCCAGUGUGUAACAGUAAACAUCGGUCCAAGAACAUAAAAAAUUCUGAGGAUAUAAACACAAUUUUAUCUCAUGUCAACAGUUUGUACCAAUUUAUUAACUCCAUUCAAAAUGGUGGUACAACUAAAAUUAGUUACCUGUUCAUUUCGGACUCUUACAACUACAAGCGUCACCACAAUGGGGAGACACAAUUGCAUAAAUAUUGUCGAGCAGGAAACAUCGCUUCAGUGUCAACACUUGUUGAAUCUGGAAUGGACGUUAACGUACAAGAUUUUGCAUCUUGGACUCCAUUACAUGAAGCGGUUUUAAACCAAAGAGUUGGUAUUGUUAAAUUACUUUUGGCCAAUGGUGCGCUGGUUAAUGUCCCCGGCUUGGAUUAUUUAACACCUCUUCAUAGUGCUGUACUGGAAAAGAACGAUGAGAUCGCUAAGUUGCUUAUACAACAUGGUGCUAGAUGUACAGCUUACAAUAAAGAUGGAAAAACACCUUUAGAUUUGUGCGACAGUGAUGACAUGAGAGAUGCAAUUUGUAUGACAAAUAUGCUUCCUUCCAUUGUGCGAACAUAUGUUAUUCCCGAGUUGAGAAUAUUUUUGAAUAAUGUCAGUAAAGAUAUCUCGGAUAGAAUUGGACAAUUGCCAGGUGUAACUUUAAUGCAAAAGGCUCAUUUACUGAACUUUUCAAAUGUAAAAUACUUUGUAAUUGGCAACGACAAACCCAACUUAAUGUAUUUACAAGCUGCAAUGCUUCAAGGGGCCAUCAUUUGCAGCAUGGAUUUUGUCGGCGAUUUAAUAUCAAAACAUUCUGCACUUAACCCAAUGAACUACUUUGCAGAUGUACCAAACUAUGCAAUAUCAAAAGCUGGAUUGAAUUCCUUAAAUAAGUUACCGAAAUUAUUUGAUGGAAUUCAUUUUUAUUUGGUCAACAUAUCAAAAAAGACUGUAAACGAUAUGGAGUAUACUUCAGAAGAUAUUAAAACAUUAAUCUAUCUAGGGGGAGGUAAAAUAGAUACACGUGCUCCUAGUGGAUCCAACUACACUGUGUCUUAUCCAUAUCACACUUGCAAAACUGAAAGUAAUGCAACAGUUUCUUGCUACCUUAUAUAUGAUGAGGCAAAAAACCUUAAGAGGAAAACCUUUCCCGACCAAAUUAAAUAUCAAACUGUACAGUGGCUGAUUAAUUCAAUAAAUAGUUUUAAGAUAUUACCAUAAUAUGUAUAGUGUUUUCUUUAC